AGUGCUUUUUCCUCAGUCUACCAUUUUUUUUUUCUAAAUCACAAAACACAUGACAUCUAAGUAACUUUUUCUAUUUUGCUUUUUGUUAAAAUGUCAUCAGCCCCUGUGGUUAGGGCUUCUUUUGCGGCUGCAGACUACGUGGUGUUUGCUUUCAUGCUGGCAGUGUCCUCUGCCAUCGGAGUCUACUACGCCUGGACAGACCGGGGCCUGAGGAGCUCGGACGACUUCCUGACGGGCGGACGGCGGCUCACGGCUCUGCCCGUCUCCUUGUCUCUGACCGCCAGCUUCAUGUCGGCCAUCACGGUGCUCUCCAACCCCGCUGAGGUGUACCGUUAUGGAGCCAGCAUUGUAUUUUAUAGUCUGUCCUAUAUCAUGACCAUGAUGGUGACGUCUGAGGUGUUCCUCCCAGUAUUCUACAGGCUGUCCAUCACCAGCACCUAUGAGUAUCUGGAACUCCGUUUUAGCAGAGCAACCCGUCUGCUAGGAACCAUUCUGUUCAUUGUGCAGACGAUCCUUUACACGGGCAUCGUCAUUUAUACCCCGGCUCUGGCUUUAAACCAAGCUCACACUCUGCCUCCCACUACAGUCACCGGGAUGGAUCUUUGGAGUGCGGUGAUUUCCACAGGCGUGGUGUGCACCUUUUACUGCACUAUGGGUGGGCUAAAGGCGGUGGUGUGGACGGAUGUUUUCCAGGUUGGUGUCAUGCUUGCGGGCUUCCUGUCAGUCAUCAUCCACUGCGUGGUCAUCAAAGGCGGAGUCGGACCUAUUAUUUCAGAUUCCCAACAUGGAGGGAGGCUCGACUUUUGGGACUUUGACCCCAACCCACUGAAGAGACACACGUUCUGGACCGUGACCUUCGGCGGUACGUUUGUCUGGGUCAGUAUCUACGGCAUAAACCAGGCCCAGGUGCAACGCUACAUCUCCUGCAAGAGCAUCACCCACGCCAAACUAUCGUUGUUCAUCAACCUGAUCGGCCUCUGGUGCAUCCUGCUGUCUUCGGUCUUCGCGGGAAUGUGCCUCUAUUCAGUGUAUAAGAACUGCGAUCCGUGGACCACCGGCAUGGUUUCUGCUCCAGAUCAGUUGAUGCCAUAUUUGGUGAUGGAUAUUCUGGGAGACUACCCUGGCCUGCCUGGACUGUUUGUCGCAGCAGCUUACAGCGGCUCACUAAGCACGGUGUCUUCCAGCAUCAAUGCGCUAGCUGCUGUGACUGUGGAGGACCUGAUCAAACCACACAUGCGGGUGUCCGAGAAGAAGCUUUCCUGGAUCUCAAAAGUCCUGAGCUUUUUAUAUGGCGCUUUGUGCAUUGGGAUGGCAGGACUGGCCUCACUCAUGGGUGGAAUAUUACAGGCCACCGUCAGCAUCUUUGGGGUCAUUGGAGGUCCUUUACUUGGGCUUUUCUCACUGGGUAUCCUCUUUCCUUUUGCCAAUUCAAAAGGAGCCUUGUCAGGUCUGGCGUCAGGCCUUGUCGUGUCGCUUUGGGUGGGCAUCGGCGCCCAGAUUUACCCCCCGCCUCCCACUUUGAGUCGACCCCUGUCUCUCACCACUGAGGGCUGUAACCUCACCGCUUUGGACAGCCUCAACCGGACUUCCACAGUGUCGCCCACUCGCAUGAGCCACAUUGCUGCUUCCCCAGCGCAGCUCGGCCAUGCCAGGUUAAGUGGACAUCCCUUCUGGAGAGCAUUUUGCUUUGUAUUUUUGCUGAUUUUCUCUCCCUUUGCAAGGAAUCUGCUGGCAGAUAACUGGUACUCCCUGUCCUACCUUUACUUCAGUCCCCUUGGGACCAUCACAACCGUCACGGUGGGCCUGCUCAUCAGCCUUGUCACAGGAGGUUGGAAGCGCAAAGUGGAAUCAAGGCUUACUUUGAUGAAAAGAGACACAACUCUCUUUUGCAUACUCAAGGCACUCAAGGACAGAUUAAUGACAAGAGCCGCCAACCCUGACCCGACACAAGGCAAAAAGAAGCACCCCGGGAAUAUUAAUCCCGUUUUUUGCGACAUUGAGCUGGACUACAUGAAAUGAAAUGCAACACGCUUGCAUGAGAUCCAUAUUAUUUUCCAUGUAGGAUUCUGUAACUUAUGUCAUUGCAGAUCAGUGUUUCCCAUGUAUAUGGAAUGAUGAUCUCAUCUCCAUUUACUCCCAAUUUGUUUUACUCUGUGAAAUCUGGACCGGUUUAGUUGAACACAAAACUAUUAUUCUGUUACUUAAAUGGCAACAAAGGGAAACACAGGUUAAUUGUACUACAUCGCUGGAUAGAUAUAGAUGAAGAAACAUGUUAUAAGUAAUAAUUGUCAUGAAAAUGAAAAGGGGGGGGGGGGGGGGCGGGAAAUGAAUAAUUUCUCACGGCACACCUGAUGACCUCUCACGCAGUGGUUGGGAAUCACUGUUCUAGAUCAUUGAAAAGGGCUCUGUAGGUCAUAAACCAUCGUUGAAGCUAAGUAUAUCAUACUCUCUUUGCAAAUGUGUCUUUUUAUUGAUUGAUAUGUCACACAAAGUGGCUAUUUUAUGCGCCAAUUAUUCACCAUAGCAAACACUAUGAAGUUAAUCCAAGUACGUGAGGCCUCUGUUUUGUGCACAUUUAUUUUGUUGUUCAACAGUCCGUAUUAUACACAGAUUUACUGUACAUACAUUUACAUUUAUUUGUCACAAAUUCCCCUUGAAUCCAUAGAUCACCCUCCUUACGAAGAAUGUAUGGCUAUAUGGUUUGUUGGGAGCAAUAAAUUAACAGUUACAGUUGUGUAAUUA